AUGGACAUCGAUUCGCCCAUGGAAGACGGUGCGCAGUCGCAGCAGGGGCAGCACGCGCCGUCAUCGCCCUCCAGACAGGGCUUUGCUGCGACUGAAGCGACCAACCAACAGGGCGCACAGUCGGCACAGGACCAGUCUUCGAACCAGUCGGGAGCCAACCAUCUCAGCUUCAGAAGUGCGCGAAGACGUCUUUUGGCUAUGGCCUCGCGGUCGUGGUCAUCACUGCAGGUCUUGGGUGUCGAGCCUGCAUCUGCAUGA